AUGAAUCACAAAUUCAACAGAAAAUCAGCUACACGACUCACGGCUGUUUCGUCUCCACUAUUUACUGAUAAUCAUGGUCACCUCUCGCUCAAUGUUCCAAAAUCUCGAAGAAGCAAUUCUAGUACCCUUCCACAAGCUUAUAUAUAUCAUUGGUCUGGUUUUCGAAUCCCUGCGAAUGAUGAGAAGCCAGAAUGGUGGUGGAGGACUUUAUCAUGUAUACCCUAUCUACUAGCACUGCAGUUGUCUACAACUGGGAAUUACCUAGUUCCUUUAAUUAAUAAAUUCGAAUUAGAUAGAAAUGUGUUAUUUUAUAUCCCAGGAGCUCUCAACCGAUUGCCAUUCUGGUUCCAUAUAUUAUACGGGUUUUUGGUUACCGAGGCAGUGGUAAAAAAUAGGGACUUCUUCCCCCUUAGCUUCAGAUUCCAUGUAAUGACGGGAGUUCUACUAGAAACUGCUCUACAGAUAGUAUCGCAGGCAAGUAAUUUCAUGCCGCUUAUACACAUCAAGGGAACACUUGGGACGUAUUACUGGGCUGCUUUGUCGAUGACACACAUUAUCAUAACCAUGUAUUGCAUUAGGUGUGCUCUUCUUGGUAAAUUUUCGAACAUCCCUGUUAUUAGUCAAUCAGCUUUCCUCCAUUCUCUAUUUAAUUUAGGAGGGUUCCAGCGACCGUUUUAG